AUGCAAAAAUUUAUUACAAAUAAUGAUAUUAUCUAUUUGAAUGUCGGUGGUGAGAAAAUUGUUACAUCGAGAGGAACGUUGACAUUGGUACCCGGAACAUUGUUGUCAAAGAUGUUUUCUGGAAAAUGGGAAGACAAAAUAAUGAAAGACAAGGAUGGUUACAUUUUCCUUGACUAUAGUCCCGCACUUUUCAAAUGUCUUAUUGACCAAUUGAGAGAAUGGAAUGAUACUGUUUUCGCUGAAGAAGAAAAAGUAUUUGGAUUACCUGCUGGUUUUGAGCAGCAAUUUCAAAAAUUCAUACAACAGCUCGGAUUUGAUAGCAAAUAUGUGAAUAAAUCGGCAAGUAGCAAUAUCCAAGAAAGCAAUCAAGAAAGAUUUAAUAAACUGGUUGGCAAAAUAGAGCUUGCAGAUAAUGGUAAAGUGGCUAGACACGACGCAAGCGUCACACAAUCAGAAGUUCGUGGUACAGGAUUGUACUCUACCGGUAUUCAUCGAAUUCGCUUAAAAAUGGAAAAAGUUGUUGAUUGGGUCUAUGUUGGAAUCAUAAAUCAUUCUGCUCCAGCUCAUGAACACUCUCGAACGUCUACUUCAGCAUAUGGCUGGCUUUCAGGUACGAGAAAGUAUGUGUUUAUCAAAGGUCAAAAUAAUCCUGGUUAUGAUGGUUAUGAUGGUGACAUUUGCGAAAAUGAUGCAGUUGAUCUAGUCUUAAACUGCAAUGAAUUCAAGAUUCAGCUGUUAAACAAGCGCACAUCGAAACAAUACGAAAUCCCAAUUGAUAGUCAAGCUUGUCCAUUUCCAUGGCAAUUAAACGUCAAUCUGUAUAAUCCAAACACUAGUGUUCGAAUCUUAUCGUAA